AUGUUAUUCAAAAGGGAAGGAGACCCUUUAGCACUGAAUUAUUUCAAAAUCAUAAGAAUCUUCAUGGUGGCCCCGGGCGCAUGGCCGGCGGAUGUAUUUGGAGAGAAGCUAUCACUGCUCGUAAGAGUUCACAGAGCGUUGAUGCCGUACCACACGAGCGUCGUCGUUAUUGGUGAACUCUAUUACCUGUAUAUUCACAAGGAGGAGUUAGACUUUCUUAAUAUGGGACACAUGAUUAUAUUCACGUUUUUAGGAGUACUAAUAGCUAUCAGAAGUAUCCUACCACAGUUACGGAAAUAUCAUUUGUUGCUUACAAAAUUCGUAAAGGUUAUGCAUUUGAUGCAUUUCAAAAAUAAAGGACCUUAUUACAAACAGAUAAAUGAAACUGUUGACAAAAUUUCCUAUUAUUACACAAUUUUUGCAGCAAUAGUAGUUGCUACUGCAAUGAUAAAUUUUAACAUUGUCCCGUUGUUUAAUAACGUUACAAACGUUCUUAUUUACAAGACUGAAAACUAUACUCUAGAAUUUGCUUUAUAUUACAAAUAUCCCGGUUUUGACCCACUCGAUUACUUCACAAGUACUACCAUUUAUAAUGUAUAUCUAUCGUACAACUGCGGCAUUAUGGUAUCCGGGAUCGAUUUAAUACUGUUUCUGAUAAUUUUCCAAAUAAUCGGACACGUGUACAUUCUGAGAUACAACCUUGAAAACUUUCCGUCGCCGAAAAUUAAAGUAGUUUUCAAAUUAGAGGAAAUUUUAAAAUACAAAGGAAACGAGGACAUCUCAUCAGAAAUGUUUGAUGCAGAGGAAAACAAAGAAGUGCGUUUAAAAUUGGCAGAAUGCAUUGAACAUCAUAAACUAAUAAUUGGUUUUACAGAUGAACUUUCGGAGUUGUUCGGGCCCAUCUUAGCCAUUAACUACUUUUUUCAUCUAGUUUGUUGUAGCUUGUUACUGCUGGAAUGUUCAGAAGGUGGUGCUUGGAUUCGUUAUGGACCUUUGACUGUAGUGAUAUACGGCCAACUGAUUCAAAUGUCAGUCAUUUUUGAGAUGUUGGGUUCAGAGACUGAAAAGUUGCCAGAUUCAGCUUACUUCCUGCCGUGGGAGUGCAUGGACACCAGCAACCGGCGGACGGCGUGCAUCAUGCUGCACAAGAUGCAGUACAAGAUCAGCCUCAAGGCGCUGGGGCUGGCGGCCGUCGGCGUCAGCACCAUGACCGGGAUAUUGAAGACAACAUUUUCAUACUACGCUUUUCUGCAAACAAUGGGAGAUUAG